AUGAGCAGCAGCAGCAGCAGUCAUGUCAUACCGCCGCCGUACAAGAUCUCCGGCGACGACAAGCGGGGACUCGUGGUGGUGACGACGGCGACAGUACUCUCCUUCGUGUGGACCUGUCUCGUGAUACGGGUGUGGUUGAGGUGGAAGUUGAGAGAAUGGCGAUCGGAUGACUAUUUCCUUGCCGCCGCUACGGUGUUUAACACAAUACAAUCAGGACUUGUGUUCCGCGUCGCGGAUGCAGGACUCGGACUCACGAAAGACGAGGUGGACGCCGACCAUCUGCGCAGGAUCAGCAAGCUCGACCUCGCCUCCCAAAUCCUCUAUGUAAUCACGCUCUUCCUCUCGAAAGGCGCAGUCCUCUUCCUGUACCUCCGCCUCUCGCCCGGGAAGAGCCACUCCAUCGCAUCGUGGGCGACGCUCGGUGUGUGCGGCGCAUGGUGCAUCAUCGGCGUCGUCCUGGUCGUCGUGCCCUGCAACGCCGAGGUGCUGUGGCAGAAGGGCUUCGACAGCUGCAGUAGCAUGUUCCCCCGCUGGCAAGCCAUAACCGCCAUCGACGUCCUCACCGAACUCGCCAUCUUCAUCAUCCCCCUCCCCCUCCUCAUCCCCUUAAAAAUGAACCUCACCUCCAAACUCCUCGUCCUCCUCGCCUUCUCCGCGCGCAUCCCCGUCCUCGCCGCCUCCCUGACACGCCUACACUACAUCGGCGCGCUCCUCUCGUCCCCCGACCCGACGCUCCAGGCGGCCUACAGCGUCGUGUGCACGCAGUGGCAGGUGGGCUAUGCGAUCAUGUCGACGACGAUUAGUGGGCUGGGCCCGUUCCUGAGGCCGUUUAGUAGGAAGCUUGGGGUGGGGAGCUCGCCGUAUGGGGGGAGUAGUGGGUAUCGACGGAACGGGGGGACCGGAGGGUAUGCGAGUGGUGGGGGGAGUGGGGUUAGGAGCCAUAAUGGGGGACAUGAGGGGAGUACUGGUGGAGGAGGUGGUGGGGUGGGCGAUUCGUAUCAGAUGAAUAAGUUGAGGGCGCGGAGGAAGGUUUCGAGUGGGUAUAUGGGGGGUGGGAAUGAGGAGGGGGAGGUGGUGACGGGGAAGGAUGGAGGGGUGAGGGCGUUUGUGACGGAGAGGGCGGUGGGUGGCACGGGGACGGCGAGGAGUAAGUUGAAUUUGAGGCCCGAUUGCGAGGAGGUGGAGAGGAAUACGAAUGUCAUUGGGGGGGAGGGUUCGUCGGAGAGAGACGACGCGGAUACGUUGAGCUUGGCUAGCGAGUCCAGUCGCAAGAUGAUCAUCACGAAGAGGACAGAGGUCAUGGUCGAGACGGAUCGCGCGAGUGCCGUGGUUAGAGAUUAG